AUGACUCUCAUUACAGGCUCCCACCACUGCUCGCUCAUCGCCCGCCCACCUGACCCUUGGGCAGCGGACGCCGCCGAGGUUGCCGCCCGCGCCCGUCACGCCCGACACGAUGCCGUUGGCCGCGGGGUGGACGUGCGGCACGAGCGCAAAGUUGGCGCCGUUGCCCGCCUCGAUGAAGACGGCGGCGAGCGUCACGAGCCCGACGAGUGCGCCCAGCGGCAUGCCGCGCGCCGCCGACGGGUCCACGCGGCCGGUGACGACGAGCAGCGCGCCGCCGAGCACGCCGCACGUCGUGAUCCACAGCUUCUUCCACCACAGGUUGCGGCCGCUCUGGCGGUAGAGUACGUCGGCGACGACGCCGCCGAGGGGCCGCGUGACGAUGUUGAGGAAGCCAAAGAUGGCGGCGCAGUUGCUGGCCGUGGUCUGCGUGAGGUGCGGGAAGUUGUGCUUGUAGUAGGAGCUGAGGACGGAGUUGAUGGCGAGCUCGCCGCCAAAGGAGCACGCGUACGUGGCGACGUGAAAGAUGGUCUGCGGGGAGAGCAGGAUGGCAAAGGAGUCGCGGAGGCGCGGCUUCGUGACGACCUCGCCCUGGGCAAUGUCCAUGGCCUGCUGGUGCGUGAGCUCCGCCGCGAGGGCCAGCUUGGUGGCGCUGCCCUUUUCCUCGUCGGACGCGUACGUCUCGGCCGGCGUGGUCAGGCCCGUGUUGACGGCCGUCGUGAAGCCCGUGUCGGUGCUGCCGCCGGCGCUGCGCUGGAGGACGCGCAUGUUCUCGUGGAUGCGCUCCUCGCGCUGCUCCCAGGUGCCGACGGGCGAGUCCGGGCACAGCAGCAGCAUGCCGAGGGCGCAGGCCAUCAGGCACACGAGCGGCACGACAAAGGUGACGCGCCACGCCGUCGACGGGCUGAGCCCCUGGCGGGCGACGAGCGAGUCAAAGACGGCGGGCAUGAUGAAGUAGGUGAUGCCGCCGCCGGCGUUGCCCCAGCCGCCGGCGAGGGCGUUUGCGGUGCCGACGACGUUCUUGUCGAAGAAGCCGGUGCACCACACCUGGCACGGCACAAACGUGGCCCCGAGCACCCCCAGGAAGAAGCGCGCCGUGUACAGCCCGCCGGCGCUGCGCACGAGCGGCGCCAGCCCGACCGGCAGGCACCCGACGAGCAGCAGCCCGACGAAGACGCGCCGCGCCCCAAACAGGUCGCACAGCGGGCCCGUGGCGAACCGCAGCAGGAGCGUGGCCACGAGGGAGACAAUGUUGGAGUUGGCCACUUGCACGUCGGUGAGGUGCAGGUCCUUUUUGAUGGUGACGGUGAGGAGCGGCGGGAACGUGUACCUGUUCGGGGAUUUGACAUGUUAGUUGGGCGGAGAGUGGCAGCAGAAGGAGGAAGGGAUACACCGUACCAAGCCCAAAAGGCGAGCAUGAAGCCCAUCCAGGAGAAGAAAAAGACUCGCCCGUACAUGUCGACGGGGUUGAGGACGGGGAUGCUGCGUGCUUUCUUGCUCACAGGGCACACCUCGGGCGCCGCCCAGAGGGCAGAGAAACUAAAACGAGGCAUGGCAGUAACAAAUUGUGUACUGGCAACAACCAGCAGGCGUCGUGACAGAGAGUUGUCGUUGUAUUAUACUCAGUCGGGUUGUGCAAGUACUGAGACGGGCGCGCUUGAUAGCCAGCAGUCGAUUUCAUCGACGCACACCCGAAGCCGUCUCGGGCGUCAAUAG